UUAUCUGUGAUACAAAGGUCACAAAUUGAAUAGUUAGAGGCAAAAGCAAGCCUAGAACUGCAGAUCUUCCUUCACCUGUCUCUUUAUUCUGUUGCCCCAACCUGCCACAAUAGCACUCCCAAUUCAAUUUCUUCAUUUCACCUAUCUCCAAUUACUGUGUGGCCCUCCAGGGGUGUAGAGAAGUCAGCUCAAAAGUGUUCUAGAAAGUCAGAGUGAAAUUUUUAGCAUGAACAUUUUUACACUUCAGAAAUGGGCAAAUGCUAUAAGUAAAGAUUUGACUUAUUUUAUUGAUUGUCUAGACUUAAGUGAUAGAGAAAAUGUUAAUAAUGCUUAUUAAACUUAAAAGUCUGUCUUGUGUUUAUUUUUUAGGAGAGCUGAUUAUUAAACACUUUUCAGCACACCCCUACACUUAUCUCAGAGAGUAACAGGAGUCCCAAUCCCUAUGGAGAUCUCCUGGCCUUAACCUGGGAUGAACAGACCCUAUCAUUCUCAUUCUGUUCUCAACACAAUGGCCAGAGUAUCUGCUAAACUAAGACUCUCCUCCAACACUGUCUCUUCUUGGGGAGCUCUUAUCUUUGUUCCUCCUCCCUGCCUCAUCACCACACUCCAUGCCACGCCAUCUCUUCCACUAGAUCCCUCCCCUCAACGUACCUUACCUUCCUGGAGAUCUAAGACAUGAGAUCCAGCAGGCUGACCCAAGCCUAAUCAAAACAAAACCCUUUGCCAAGACAAAAAUGCUCUAGUGAUUGUCCUACCCCUCCCAUAAUCCCCAUCUUCUGGAAUUCCCCCGCUUUACAAUCCCAUCUCCCUAAAGUCUCUCUCCAUCCACUCUCCCCAGCUUCCCAAUCUAUCGGUCCCCUCCCCAGGCAAAAACUACAUCUCCCAGCAGCACCUGCUCUGGCCAAGGGAAGAAAAAAAAAAAAGUUUGGGCCAAAGCAUUCCUGGAAUUUGUUUCCUGCCUGAGGGAGGGAGGGAAGCAGAGAGGGAGAGAGGGAGGGAGAAAUCUAGUGGGGUGGGCAGGCAAGGAGAAGAGGGGAGGGGGCGGCCCGGGGCAAGGGGCUCUGCCUGGCCUGGCAGGACCCUGGCCCAGCCCCCAACCCCAGCCCCCAGCAUGGCCGAGCCGCUACUCAGGAAAACCUUCUCCCGCCUUCGGGGCCGGGAGAAACUUCCUCGGAAAAAGUCGGAUGUGAAGGAUAGAGGCCGCCCAGCCCAAAUCCCAGAACCCAGUGUUCCUGAGCCAGCACUCGAACUCCCCAAGAUAGAAGCAGCAGGGCCUGGGGAAGAGGAACCUCCCAGUCCUGAAGUGUCAAGAAAUCCAGCCCGGGGGGCCUACCUGCAGAGCCUGGAGUCCAGCAGCCGUCGCUGGGUGCUGGGAGGCAGCAAGGCUCCUGAGGAAACAAGUCUAGGAUCUGGAGGACCAAGUGAAUUAGUGGGAGAGAUAUGGUACAAUCCUAUCCCUGAAGAGGACCCAGGAAGCCAGGCAUCUGGGGGAAGGACAGCCCAGACCACACCAGCCCAGCGGGAAGGUGCAGCCCCUGGUGGACCAGUCCCAGAGGUUGUCCCCAGCAAUCCCCCAGCUAAACCAUCACGAACCAAAUCUCCAGGCCCUGCAAGGCGCCUCUCAAUGAAGAUGAAAAAAUUGCCUGAACUGAGGCGACGACUGAGCCUCCGAGGGCCCAGAAGUGGGCGGGACCGUGAGGGUGAACGGGAUCGCGCAGCCCCAGCUGGCUCGGUCAUAAGCCGGUAUCACUUGGAUAGCAGUGUGGGAGCACAAAGAUGUACAGAGGGAGCCCAGGGGAGCCAGGCCGGCUACCUCAGUGAUGGUGACUCCCCUGAACGGCCUCCUCACCCAUCUCCCGAUGCCUUCCAGCCCUAUGAAGCAGUCACACCACCCCGUGCCUCACCCCCUGCCCUUUGGGGGCGCCUCAGUCUGCACCUAUAUGGGCUAGGGGGACUGCGCCUGCCACCAGGACCCACCUCACCAAAUCUUUGUUGCCUGCUACAAGUGGAUGGUGUUCCAAAAGCCAGGACAGGACCACUUCGAGGGGGUGGCACUGAUUUCCUAAGGCUUGACCACACCUUCCACCUAGAGCUGGAGGCUGCCCAUCUGCUCCGAGCCUUAAUCCUGGUUUGGGACCCCUGUAUUCAGCGCCACCGUCCCUGUGCUCAUGGCACUGUGCUGCUGCCCUCUCUUUUCCGAGGGUGCCGGGCCCAGCAACUAGCAGUGAGGCUAGAGCCCCAAGGCCUGUUAUAUGCAAAGCUGACACUCUGGGAACAGCAGGAAGCCCCAAGAAGCCAGGAACCCAGAGUCUUUGGGUUACCUCUGCCAUUGCUUGUAGAGCGGGAACAAGCUCCAGGUCAUGUGCCCCUCAUCAUCCAGAAGUGCAUUGGGCAGAUCGAAAGAAGGGGACUCCGGGUGGUGGGGCUAUACCGGCUAUGUGGCUCAGCAGCUGUAAAGAAGGAACUUCGGGAUGCCUUUGAGCGAGACAGUGCAGCAGUGAGUCUCUCAGAGGAGUUAUACCCAGACAUCAAUGUUAUCACAGGGAUCCUCAAGGACUACCUAAGAGAGCUACCCACACCCCUCAUCACCCCACCACUCUACCAAGUCGUCCUGGAAGCCAUGAGGCAGGGGCCACCCAGAGGCAGGGUCAAUCCACAAGGUACCAGAGAGCUCCUCCAAUGUCUGCCUGAAGUUGAGAGGGCCACGCUGACUCUGCUCCUGGACCACCUGCGCCUGGUCUCCUCCUUCCACGCCCACAACCGCAUGACCCCCCAGAACCUAGCUGUCUGCUUCGGGCCUGUACUGCUGCCCCCGCGCCAAGCGCCCCCCCGGCUCCGAGGUGGCUACCCUGCCCCGGGCUCGGGCUCGGGCUCGGGCUCCAGCCUAGCCAGCGCCGUGGACUUCAAACGUCACAUCGAGGUGUUGCACUAUCUGCUGCAAGCUUGGCCAGAUCCCCGCCGCCCUCCGGAUCCUCCAGACAGCGUCCCCUACCUCCGCCCGAAGCGGCAGCCCCUGCUGGAACUGCCGCUGGGGGAGCCCGAAGUGGUGACACGGCCCCGAGACCGAAGUGGGCCCGAGAGCCCCCCUAGCAACCGCUACGCUGGAGACUGGAGCAUCUGCGGGCGGGACUUCCUGUCUUAUGGGCGAGACUUCCUGUCUGGCCCAGAUUAUGAUCAAGUCGCUGGGAGCAGCGAAGACGAAGAAGACGACGACGAUGAGGAUGAAGGCAGAGGUCAAGAGAGAGACCGUGACUUUGUGGGCGACUUUGCUCUCAUGGAUGAUGACCCUGAGGCUCCUUUCAACACCCGCCUCAACCUCAAGGACUUUGACACCCUGAUCCUGGACUUGGAGAGGGAGCUGUCCAAGCAGAUAAAUGUGUGCCUUUGAGCCCUGGCAGGGAUCCCGCCUCCCAUUGCUAGGGACCAUGUUUCCUUGUUGCUAGGGACCAGCCUUCCGUUGUCAAGGGCCAUAUCCUCGUUACCAAGGAUCGUUCUUAACGGGGAUAAGAAGCCCUCUCACCAGAGACCUUUCCCCUGAAAACCAGGGACUGCCUUUCCUGAGGCCAGGUUGGUAACCUCUGGGGAAGCCAGGCUAGUGCAGCCAUUUUUCCCAGUGAAAGUGAGACUGGAGUGGCAAGGGCAGAGAACCUAAGUCAGAAAUCCCGUGCUCAGAUCAGCCCAGCUCCUUGCCACAAUGUCAGCUAGGACAGGUCACUUCAGCUCUCUGGGCCUCAAUCUCCUCAUUUGUAAAAACGAGGAGAGUAGGACUAGAUGAUCUCCAUGGUCUCUUCCAGUUCUAAAAUCUUAUGAUUUAUUAUCUUGCUGUGAUCACCCAACCGCCCCAGGGGCGUACUCCAACACACCCUCCCUUGCUGCUGCCAGCCAAAUCAGUAUUAGCUUUGGACCAAGAGCUCUGCCACCUCCUGUCUCCCUAAGCACUAAAAUGAGCAGUAUCAUUUUGGAAGUCCAUGAUCUUACCACAGGUCAGGGCUAUCUAGACAGAGCAACUGAUAAUGACUUUUACCCUACCUCCAAAAGUAUGCACCCCCUCUUCCCCUGCUCCCAAAGGAGAUAGGAAAAGUCAAUCAUUGCCUCAGAACAAGUAGGGGUAGCAGAGUAAGGUCCUAACCCUCUCAGGCCCACCAAACUAAGCACUUACCCUUCCAUCUCUCUCUAAAGGAUGGCUGUCCAUUCUUUCCUCUCCCUCCCUCCAAGAGCCAGGCUGGUAUACUUUGGUACGAACAGGCUCUUAUUUAUUGCCUCCAGCUGUGAGAAUAUGUAUGUUUGUGUGUAUGUUUAUAUGUGUGUGUUGAGAAUGUGAGAGAAAAUUAUAUACAUUUAUAUAGAUGAUUGGGGCUCUAGGUCAGGGAAAAUAUGGGGAUGAGUCAGCAGUGGAUAUAUACUUUCUGAGGCUACAACCAGUAGGUACCACUGUGGAACCCUACCCCAACCCAAAUCUCUCUCACCUGUGAGGAGCCAUUGGUGGGAAAGUUAGGGUCCUUCUCACCAUCACCUAAUACCCUCCCUCAACCCCAUCCUCACUGUGUGAACAAUAAAUCAUUAUGCACAGGUACCAGGGCUGAGUCCUUGGGCCACCAAA